UGGGAGGGAGUGUGCGCACGGAUGCUCUCUUAUACCUGUGGCACUGGCUUUGCAACCUCAGUACGUGCAACAUUGUCAGAGGAGCAACAUUGCACUCCCGUCACUUGAAGUAUUCUUCCCAGUGUUGCAAUGUAUACCUUUGACCUUCACACUGGAAAUGUGAUUAGCAAAUCCCCUUUUCUCAGAGUUUACACGUAACCCCCAAACAAAUUCAACGCUACGGAAAAACUUUCGUGUGUUUUAGACGAAAUUUAAAAACUUGUGAAGGGGCGAGAAAGUCAAGAAUACUCGUUUAUCUGGGGGGGGAGGGGCUAUCUGCGGCGGCAAGAUCAAAGACAGCAGCGUAGAUAAGCUAUCAUCUGUAUAUUGCCGACAUAAACCCCCCCCUGCCACCUCGACACUAACAUUACCAGCGUUGAACUAACGUCAGGUUGCUAUUUACUGACUCUGGGGGGGGAGGGGGAAUGGUUGAACUAUGAUUUAACUCCUGGAGAAAAAGUUAAAUUAGCGUUGAGCGUCUUGAGGAAGAGUUAGAACUUGGAUUCAACGCCGUAAGGAAGAUUUAAACUUGGAUUCAACGCCGUAAGGAAGAUUUAAACUUGGAUUCAACGUCCCUUAACGAAGAUUUAAACUUGGAUUCAAUGCCGUAAGGAAGAUUUAAACUUGGAUUCAACGCCUUAAGGAAGAUUUAAACUUGGAUUUAUCGACUUAAGGAAGAUUUAAACUUGGAUUCAACGCCUUAAGGAAGAUUUAAACUUUGAUUCAUCGCCGUAAGGAAGAUUUAAACUUGGAUUCAUCGGCUUAAGGAAGAUUUAAACUUGGAUUCAACGCCUUAAGAUUUAAACUUGGAUUCAACGCCUUAAGGAAGAGUUAAUUAGAAUUCAACGUCUUAAGAGUUUAUUAGCAUUCAGCUCCUUAAGGAAGUUAAUUAGGAUUAAACGUCUUAAGGAAGAGUUAAACUCGGAUUCAACACCUUAAUUAAGGAAGGGUUAAACAAGGAUUUACUCCCUUUGAUGAGGCUAAGCGGAGAACUUUGCGAGGAAAAAGUUCAACCGUGGUUUUUAGAAAAGUUCCUCUGAAGUCGUGGGCUUGAAAUGUGUUCAUAAGAUAUGUUUUAAACAGCUCUUUGGAAUUAAGUAGCGAGAAAGUGCUGUCAGAAAAAUACCUUUACGUAACAGUUUAACGAAAAUCAGUGAUUUAGAAUUUACCAAGUCUUGGAUGGGAAUUCAAUGAACUGAGAAAGUCUACGGGGUUUUGAAGUCAGGUUUCAACAGGUGAAGUUAAACUCUGAACUUAGCUGUCAGAAGAAGCCCACAGCUGUUCUUAAGAUGCUGUAGGCUCGGCACAUCCCACGUCAUGGCCAACUCCUUUGUUAAAUGGUGUAGGGCCAAGUUUUUCAACGGUUACAAGCACAUCAAUGUGAUGGCUCAAGAGGAGGGUUGUGGACGGUCAGAUACGGAAACGUUAGUUCGAGCCUGCGAGGACGACCUUUUGCCCACGCCUGCACCCACGCCCACACCACACGCCCACACACACGCCGCUAACUCCCGCAGUCACAUAGCUUCGGGCACUUAUGUUGAGGAAGUGUCAUGUGAUGUUAGUGUGGCUGCAGUCGAGGCUGAUCGUCGUGAGUUUUCUUUCACCCUGUAUGAUUUCGAUGGUCAUGGCAAAGUCACCAAAGAUGAUAUUGCUGGACUUGUUCGGACAAUAUACGAAGCUGUAGGAUCUUCUUUAUCCCUUCCUCCAAGUGGGUCUCGAACCAUUCGUGUUAAGCUAACUGUUGCCCCUGAAAACUGCAGAGGCCAUCAUGAUUGUCAGGAGGCAAGAGAGAGCAAAAAAGAUGAUGAUGAUGAGCCUUGUGAACAUCCAUCAGGACGCAGUCAUAGAAGACGAAAAGCACGAAGGAGAUCCACCUCACUUCAGAGACAUGAGCUGCUUCAAAUAAUUCAGGCAAAUAUGGAAAAGAAUAACCUCUUUUACACUCCACUGCAUCGUCGACAUGAUCACCACCACCACGACUAUCACCAUGAUCAUCAUCAUAAUCGCAGACGUCGCCGUCAUGGGUGUGGAUGUGACCACAGUGGGUCACCACCUGAUCCAGCAGAAGUCAAAGCAAGGCUACUAGAACCAGAAUGCCCAUGCCGACAUACGCACUACCAUAGUCAUACUCAUGGGGCAAAUAGUACUGCCAGAUCUGUUGGGUGUAGACGGCAUAACCGGUCUCAUUCCCAUGACCUCUCGCACGACUCUCCCCAUGUGUUUCGUUACCAUUUACUAGAUAAAACUUUUCAGCCUCUACCUCCUUCAAAUACUCCUGACCAGCCACCAUCUCCACCAAUGGCUCACAAUCCACAUAACCAUCAACAGCAGUAUGAACAUCAAACCAGACAUUACCAUCAUCACCAUCGCUCUAGGUCCUUUGAUGCUGGGGACACUCAAGGUUCCUCACCAAGAGGGAGAAGUAGAAGGUUAUCAAGAAGCCAACAACAAAAUCAAUCACAGCCACAAAACCAGCCAAAAGAACAACCACAAACUUCACCACAAUUAAAACAAGAACACCAAGGUGGGAGUGAGGUGUCCCCUCAUCACACAAAGCAUCGCCAUAGAGAAGCUGACCAUGCACGUGCCAUGGCUCAGGUUGUAGCUUGGUUAGAGAGGGGCUCAUUAUUUGAGUCACAAAAACCUGCCCCUUCUCCUGAAAGUGGUGGCAUUAAUGCUGUUGGAGGGGGCAGUGGUGCAUGUCGGGAACAGACACAUCAUGUUCAUCAGCAUAUUCACCACCAUUAUCAUCAUUAUGCAGAAAAGCAGCCACCACCACUGCUUAUUUGAGAGUGUCCUCACUGCCCCUCAUCAAACAUUACAUUGACUAUUACUAUUAAGUGUUAACCAAUACUAGGAGUUAAAUUAAUUUAACUUAUAGUGAAGUCAACACAAAUAGAAACCCAACCUUGUUAAUCCAUCCAGUAAUGUUUGAGGGUGCAGAAUGCCAUUUUUUUUUCUAAAUCAGCUAUAGAAGAGCAGUCAUAAUAAUGUUCCUGAACAUAAAAUGAAUUAUAAAUUUAAUAUCUUUAUGGUUAUGUACAGAAAAUGCAGAUGUAUUUAUCAGGUUUGAUAAUGACCUCUUAAGUACAAUAAUACUAAUGUACAUUAUUGCUAUCAACAAUUAUAUAUUCUAACUUGUACACUGGUCCUAUUUGUAAACUGUACAGAGUAUUUGUGAUAUGACUAAUGACCUUUACAUGAGAAUACGAAUAGGUUUUCAGCAUUGUUUAGAUCUUGUUACUCACCAUGUCUUCAACAUUUUCUCAGAACAAGACUGACAAAGUGUAUACAUUACUCUUAAGAUACUUAGC